AUGAUGGCGGCGGCCGUGGCUGCAGGGGGGGCUCCUGAGGUGAUCGCUCAGCUGGAGAACGCGGCCAAAGUGCUCAUGGCACCACCUUCCAUGGUCAAUAAUGAACAACGCCAGCAUGCCGAGCACAUAUUCUUAUCAUUUAGAAAAUCAAAAUCACCAUUUGCUGUUUGCAAGCAUAUUUUGGAAACUAGUAAAGUGGACUAUGUCCUUUUUCAAGCUGCCACAGCAAUAAUGGAAGCAGUUGUGCGAGAAUGGAUUCUCUUGGAAAAAAGUAGCAUCGAGUCACUGCGAACAUUCCUUUUAACCUAUGUCUUACAAAGGCCUAACCUUCAAAAGUAUGUUCGGGAGCAGAUUCUAUUAGCAGUAGCAGUAAUAGUGAAACGAGGAUCAUUAGACAAAUCGAUUGACUGCAAGAGCAUUUUCCAUGAAGUCAGCCAGUUGAUAAGCAGUGGUAACCCCACUGUGCAAACUUUGGCCUGUUCCAUUUUAACGGCUUUGUUGAGCGAGUUCUCAAGUUCAAGUAAAACCAGCAACAUUGGACUAAGCAUGGAGUUCCAUGGUAACUGCAAACGAAUAUUUCAGGAGGAUGACCUUCGGCAGAUCUUCAUGCUAACAGUAGAGGUACUACAGGAAUUCAGCAGACGUGAAAACCUCAAUGCUCAGAUGUCUUCAGUGUUUCAGCGUUAUCUUGCACUAGCCAAUCAGGUCUUAAGCUGGAACUUUCUUCCUCCAAAUUUGGGCAGACAUUAUAUAGCUAUGUUUGAAUCCUCACAAAAUGUGAUGCUAAAGCCAACAGAGUUGUGGCGUGAAACCCUCCUGGACAUCAGAGUUAUGGAGCUUUUCUUUACAGUACAUCGAAAAAUCAGAGAGGAUACAGAUAUGGCACAAGACUCUCUACAGUGCCUAGCACAGCUAGCUUCUCUGCAUGGGCCAGUCUUUCCUGAUGAAGGUUCACAAGUUGAUUAUCUGGCACAUUUCAUUGAAGGAUUGCUGAAUACUAUCAAUGGAGUUGAAAUAGAGGACUCUGAAGCAAUGGGAAUCUCCAGUGUUUUCAGCAACCUGAUAACUGUGUUUCCUCGCAAUGUUUUAACUGCCAUUCCAAAUGAACUUUUCUCUUCAUUUGUUAACUGCCUCACACACCUCACCUGUUCUUUUGGGAGAAGUGCUGCACUGGAAGAAGUGCUUGACAAAGAUGACAUGGUAUACAUGGAGGCAUAUGAUAAAUUGCUGGAAUCCUGGCUUACCUUGGUACAAGAUGACAAACAUUUCCACAAAGGCUUCUUUACCCAACAUGCUGUUCAGGUUUUUAAUUCUUAUAUUCAGUGCCACCUAGCUGCUCCUGAUGGUACAAGGAAUUUGACUGCCAAUGGUGUAGCCUCUCGGGAGGAAGAAGAAAUAAGCGAACUGCAGGAAGAUGAUCGAGACCAGUUCUCUGACCAGCUGGCCAGUGUAGGCAUGCUAGGAAGAAUUGCUGCAGAACACUGUAUACCUCUUCUUACAAGUUUAUUAGAAGACAGAGUGACAAGGCUCCAUGGUCAGUUACAAAGACAUCAGCAGCAGUUACUUGCCUCACCAGGAUCAGGGUCAAUUGACAAUAAAGUGCUUGAUGACCUGUAUGAGGAUAUUCAUUGGCUUAUUUUAGUCACAGGCUACCUCUUAGCUAAUGAUACUCAGGGAGAGACUCCAUUAAUACCUCCAGAAGUAAUGGAAUAUUCCAUUAAGCAUUCAACUGAGGUUGACAUCAAUACAACACUUCAGAUCCUGGGAUCUCCAGGAGAAAAGGCCUCUUCCAUCCCAGGGUACAACAGAACUGAUUCUGUAAUUAGGUUAUUAUCUGCUAUUCUAAGAGUUUCAGAAGUAGAAUCUCGAGCAAUAAGGGCGGAUCUAACACACCUUCUGAGUCCACAAAUGGGAAAAGAUAUUGUAUGGUUUCUUAAGCGUUGGGCAAAGACCUAUCUCCUAGUGGAUGAAAAACUGUAUGACCAGAUAAGUCUACCAUUUAAUACAGCAUUUGGUGCAGACACAGAGGGUUCCCAGUGGAUUGUGGGUUACCUCUUAGAAAAAGUAAUCAGUAACCUGGCAGUAUGGAGUUCUGAGCAGGACCUUGCAAAUGACACUGUACAGUUGCUAGUAACAUUAGUGGAAAGGAGAGAGAGGGCAAAUUUAGUAAUUCAGUGUGAGAAUUGGUGGAAUUUAGCUAAGCAGUUUGCGAGGCGAAGCCCACCUCUUCACUUUUUGUCCAGUUCUGUGCAGAGAACACUAAUGAAAGCUCUAGUUUUAGGAGGUUUUGCUCAUAUGGACACAGAUACAAAACAGCAAUACUGGACAGAGGUUCUUCAGCCACUUCAGCAGCGAUUCUUGAAUGUGAUAAAUCAAGAAAACUUUCAACAGAUCUGUCAAGAGGAGGAGGUGAAACAAGAAAUCACUGCCACACUAGAAGCACUUUGUGGCAUUGCUGAGGCUACCCAGAUAGAUAAUGUAGCAAUACUCUUUAACUUUCUGAUGGACUUCCUUACCAAUUGCAUUGGAUUAAUGGAGGUGUACAAAAACACACCAGAGACUGUUAACCUCAUAAUAGAAGUUUUUGUUGAAGUUGCACAUAAACAAAUAUGCUAUCUCGGAGAGUCCAAAGCCAUGAAUUUGUAUGAGGCCUGCCUGACUCUACUUCAAGUAUAUUCCAAGAAUAAUUUAGGUCGGCAGCGAAUAGAUGUUACAGCAGAAGAGGACCAAUACCAGGAUCUUCUUCUUAUUAUGGAGCUUCUUACUAACCUUCUGUCAAAAGAAUUUAUAGAUUUCAGUGAUACAGAUGAAGUAUUUAGAGGACAUGAGCCAGGACAAGCUGCAAAUAGAUCGGUGUCAGCAGCAGAUGUAGUCUUAUAUGGGGUUAAUCUAGUUCUGCCAUUAAUGUCACAGGAUCUGCUGAAAUUUCCAUCUCUGUGUAAUCAGUACUACAAAUUAAUCACCUUCAUCUGUGAGAUAUUUCCUGAGAAAAUUCCUCAGCUUCCAGAAGACCUUUUUAAGAGCCUAAUGUACUCAUUGGAGUUAGGGAUGUCAUCGAUGAGUUCUGAGGUUUGCCAACUCUGUCUGGAAGCUUUAACACCAUUAGCAGAACAGUGUGCAAAAGCACAGGAAACAGACUCAUCACUAUUUCUAGCAACAAGGCACUUUCUUAAGAUGGUCUUUGAUAUGCUGGUACUACAAAAGCACAAUACAGAGAUGACAACUGCAGCAGGUGAAGCAUUCUACACAUUAGUGUGUUUGCAUCAGGCUGAAUAUUCAGAACUAGUUGAAACAUUACUAUCAAGUCAACAAGAUCCAGUCAUUUACCAGCGGUUAGCAGAUGCAUUCAACAAGCUUACUGCAAGCAGCACUCCUCCUUCACUGGACCGUAAGCAGAAGAUGGCCUUCCUAAAGAGUUUAGAAGAAUUUAUGGCAAAUGUUGGUGGACUCCUCUGUGUAAAAUAA